UUUUGAUAACUUUCAAUACAAUAUCCUCGCGGCAAAAAAUUUAGCAGGCAAAAACAGAAAAGGUAAUUUACACAGCUUUGAAACCAUAAAAAUAAAAUUACUGAUAAUAAAUAUAAACACAGUUAUUGUUGACCUCCUGAAUGAAUUACCAAAAAAUACAUCACGCAAGCGUUCCCGGUCAAAAACACCAACUGAAGUAUUUUAUCGUAAUAAGCGACAGCAUUUUGAGCAAGAGCAGGAGGAAGAUCAGGGGGAGGACGAAGAUCAAAGGGAGGAGGAAGAUCAGAAAGAAGAGGAAAAGCAGGGGGGGGGGGGGGGGGGGAGACCAAAAGGAAAAGGAAGUAAAACAGAAACAAAAGGAAAUGGAGAAGGAAAAAGAAAAAAAACAUGAAAAAGAGAAUGGCCAAGAAAAACAGCAACAGCAACAGCAACAGCAACAGCAACAGCAACAGCAACAGCAACAGCAACAGCAACAGCAACAGCAACAGCAACAGCACCAAUUGAAUUCCAUACUCCCAAUGUCAUCACAACUCUUUUUCAAUCCAAUCGACAAUUAUAUUUGGCAACAUUCAUCACCUUUAGCAGAAUUACUUCCUCAAGUUUUUAAACCUGGGAUGUGUGAUGGUAUUGUUAAAAAUGGUGGGGUUUUUCCAACCGCUCAUAUUACGUCAACCCACUGGAGUGCUACCACAGUCCAUUUGGAUAUUGAUGUUUAUCCAGCGGUAGUGCCAGCUCUUGUUUAUGAAUUAUAUAGCGAGACUAUUCGCUAUGAUGAGAAAGAGGGGUGGAAAUUGAUCUUAAAAGGAGGAACAGAAGUCAUCAUUGAGGGCAGUUUCACAUUUUGCCGCGCAAAAGAAACUGGUCUCAGCUUCAUUGGGGACCCCGUUCGCACUGCUGUGGCGAGAGACCCAGAACGUGGCCUAGAAGUCCGAAGAGGCGAAGAGUUGACGAGGCGGGUGAGCCUGCAAAUAUGUACAGGCGUAUUCAGCCGGCUCCGAAUAACUCUCGAUGCAGUAACAAUCUCGUCUUUAGAAUCUCAGCUCUGGCUCAAUAUUGCCUAACCUCGCCACCUAGCAAAUAAACAAAGAACUCGGGUGACACUUUCGCCUGUUGGUCGAGGGGCAUUUCUGUCCAACUGCUAUCUUCUGUGUACCUUCUCCACUUUGCCUCCGUACAUGC